AUUGUAGUGCAGAGUUUCAGUACUGUAUUAGUGGGGGGGUCAGGAUGCUGAGUGAGUGUGUGCUGGGGGCAGGAUUGGGAUGGGGGGUAGAGCAGGAAGAGAGUUCAGCAUCCUCACAGCCUGAUGGAUGGGGCUGUCUCGCAGUCUGCUGGUCCUCGCCCCGAGACUCCUCAGUCUCCUCCCUGAUGGCAGCAGGCUGAAGAAGCUGUGUAGUGGGUGGGAGGGAUCUCCUGCCAGACGGAGGGCUAAAUGCUAUAAUGACUGUAUAUUGACAUCUUAGCAAAAUACCAUGGAGUUACAGAACAUUAUUCUGAGGGGAUUACAUUUUAGGGGUCCUGGGGUUACAUUGUUGCUCCUUACCUUUUACAGGUUGUCACUACCUCCUAAAACUGCCACAGCUUUCUAAAGAGAUAAUAUUUCAACGCUGUGACAAGGCAGAGAGCACCAAACACACAACUUAAUGGGCACCAAAACAAUAGGUUGUCAACACGUUCAGGCUGUACAUGCCUGAACAUGUUGUCAUACUCAGAGAUAAUUAACAUUGUUUAGUGUUGACGCCAUAGUAGGGAGUGGUGAAGUUUAUGAAUUGGAAAACGCAAUGAGAGUGUGCACGAAAACGAAAGCUUUUGGGAGAGGAGGAGGAUGAGCUUUGUCAAAAUGCAGGUGAUAAACGAAAGACUGGACAGUUUUGAAACAGAAACAAAGCUGUGUGAAUAGUGUUUAGCAGAAAAUACAUACAAAUGCUUUCAGUUUCUAUUCUCUGCUCCAGACUCAGGGUGGGUGGGCUACAGGGCGGGACUUCACAGCACAGAAUAACCUCCUCAGACCAGCUGUACACACCCACACACUCACUGAGACUGACCUGAGAGCAGUUCAACAUGGGUUCAGACAAAGAGAUCCAUUUAAAAACAAAACUUCUUCAGCUAGAAUGUCACUUCACCUGGGCUCUGAAUAAAGAGGAUACAGACCUGACUGACCUACUGAAUCGUCUGGAAGAGCAGAUUGACUUUGAUCUUGGUAAAGAGGCAGGGAUUGUCCGCACAUACAACUCACUGGGAUUUGUGAAGUUUCUUCUGGGCUCACACGAUGAGGCUCUUGACAAUUUCCAGAGAUCUGUCAAGCUCACAAAAGAACAUCAUGGAGAAGACUGUGAGAAGCUGCUUGUUGUGUCAUAUGGAAACCUUGCAUGGUUGCAUUACCACAUGGGAGCAUACGAAGAGUGUGAAAGUUACCUAAAUAAACUGAAGGAGAUCAAAGAGAAACAGCCCCUUGGCAAAUAUCCUGAGAUGCUUGGGGAAAAAGGAUGGAUCUACCUCAAGUUCUCUAGCACGUUCUAUGAAAGAGCUAAAGAGUGCUUCCGGCAGGCCUUGGAGCUGGAGCCUGAAGAUGGUGAAUUGAACACCGGCUAUGCCAUUGCUCUGUACCGAAUCGAUUCUUCAGACAAGUUAUACACUCCAACAGAUUCACCCGUAAUUAAGCAACUGAGACGGGCCAUAGACAUGAACCCAGACGAUGAUGUCCUUAAGGUUCUCCUUGGUCUGAAGCUGACUGUUUACAAGAAGUAUGGUGAGGCUGAUAGCCUAGUGGAGACAGCUUUAAAGAACUCUCCAGAUCAUCCACACGUGAUGCGAUAUGUUGGGAAGUUUUUCCGAAACCAGGGGUCUGUGGACAGGGCCAUUGCUUUGUUGAAUAGAGCACUGGAAAUAGUGCCUAACUCAAGCUUCAUACAUCAUCAACUGGCACUCUCCUACAAGACAAAGAAAACCCAUUUGCUUCGAGCUGGAAGCCAUCACAGCAAGGGUGCUGAAAUUCAGCGGAUUCGUAAUCAGCUCAUCUACCAUUUAGAGAAGGCUACCACAUUAAGGCCCUCCUUUGUUUUGGCUAUGAGUGAGCUGGCACUCCAGUAUGGAGUCAACAGAGAAACAUCAAAGGCAGAGCAACUCUUCCAGGAUACAUUCAUAGUAGCUAAAGAGAAAAAUGAAGCCUGCCAGCUGGUGAACUUCACUUAUGCAGACUUCCAGCUGUACAGUGUGAAAUGCGAACCCUUGGCCAUCAAGCAAUACAAGGUAGCCCUGAAGAUGGGUCCAAAGACAACUGUAGGGCAGAAAUGUACUUGGAGACUGAAAAUGAUUGCUAAGAGAAGAAUUGACAGAAAUCGCGAAGAUGGAGAAGCCUACGGUAUAUUGGGAUUCAUGCAUAAGGAAAAUAGAAAGAUACACCAGGCCAUAGAGUGCUAUGAAAAAGCUCUGUGCUAUGAAGACAAUGAAGAGUACCUCAGUGAUCUUUGUGAACUCAGACUCUCUUUGCAAUAACAUUAUUCUUCAUGUAUCUUCAUGUUUGCUUACAUAUCAAAAAAGUCACAUAUUGUCAAGGUUAUAUUAAUAGGGUUGUACCUUAUAACACAUUAUAUGCUGUGCACUGCUAAUGAACACUAGUUGAGUUUUGCGAAUGAUUAGUUCAUGAUAUUACAUGAAUUUCACAUUUAACCCUGAAAUAAGAGUAAUGCUUGUGAAGUCCUGUUCUGAUGCAUAGAUAAUGGACUAUAUGCUGUUGUUUUUCUGCUUACUAUCUACAUGUAUUCUGCACUUUAUUAUAAAAGCACUUUCUUGAAACAUUUAAGUACUAAAGGUCUAAAAUCCUCCAGGAAUUGGUGUUUUAGUGGUAGAAUUAUUAAACAGUUGCACUUUGAUCUUCUUAUACACCAGCUGGGUACCACUGUUCUAACUGAAAUAAAAAAACAAGUUCAAAUGAAAAGUUUAAGUCUUUUAAGUUUGUU